CAGGCUUUGUGCAUUUAUUUAGGGUUGUGUCAGUCCUAGAUAAGUGAAUGGCUGUCAUUUGUGAUGAUUUGUGAGGGAGAUGACAAGAUUCGUCGUGAUUAUCGGGACCAUUUUCCCCAAAAUUCGAUCACCAAGAGCCAGUAUUUCCGACGUGUGGGCGUACAAUUGCAAAACAAUAGUCAACAUGGGAAGAAGAGAAUCUUUUUCCUCCAUUAAGGCCUGCUAUCCUCUUAACGACGACGCAUCCUCCACCGGGGUACCACAACCAAUGACACACUGAUACCGAUGGAACACCGAUAAUUUAGGACGUUUGGAACUCACACGGCUAUUUGUUUUGAUGAGUGAAUAAUAACAUCGUCAACGAGAACAUUAUUUCGUAGUAGUCGAGUAUCUUUGGAAAUUUUCAACUGAGUUGCCGGUGAGAAGGUGGUGGACACACUGGAGUCGAAUCAAUUUUAAAUAAGACAAUAACGUUAAUAUUAUUAGAGAGAUGUUCACCCCGGAACUAGUGGAGCCAACAAGAGUGCAAAGGUCCUGGUGGUUGUCGAAAAACUUGGAAUGAGGAAUCCAGCACUUCGUCUCGUCGGGAUUGCGUCGUCCCCCGGUGGCGGCGGGGUGUUUGGUAAUCGGGCCGAGGAGGAGUUGCGCCUUUGGCUUGAAUCACGCUUGGAUGCAUUGGGCAUUGACCCAGUUGCCUACUCGCGUUUUGUUCUCAGCCUGUUGCGCCGCCCCGACUCGGCCCUGUCUCCAUCCCUCAAUACUGGAGGACGACGUAAUCGGGUACGCGCCAGGGUGAAAUUGCCUCUGCAGGGUGAAAGAGAGCAAAAACGCGCGGUUGUGCAAUGCCUCACCAAUGCCGCUGAUCAGAAAUACGGAAUAGAGUCAUUGGUCGACGAAUUGUGCGCUAAACUGAGAAAUCUAGAGGGGGGCGGAAAUAAUGACGACCAGGACGAAUCCAGGAAACUCGAUGAUGGCACUAAGUCAAGUACUUUUGAGUCCCUAACGCCCCGCGACCGAGCACUCAGAUACUACGCAGCGUUUCCAGCACUUCAGCCAGCUACCCCGAAGAAAGCCAUUCACAAAAAGGAUAAAAACUUGGGCAACAUCAACAAUAACAAUAAAAAUCGAAGCAUCGGUGUCAACGUAAGCAAUAAUAAGAAGAACAGCAAUAAGAAUAACAUUAGUACAACUUCAAACAAUAAACCGCGGCACAAAAAAACUAAAAUGUCCGUUCAGGCCCUUGAAUCCCGGUGCACCACCGAUAAAGAAUCAUUUGGAUUUGCAAAAUCAAUGGAACGUGAACGGGAAAAGGAACGGGAAUUGGAGUUGGAUCAACUGCGACUGGCUCAGCUGCAGGCUAAAUUUGACGAAAGUUUGGAAGCCCUUUGGGACAGUGGUCCAGGUAAUUCUCAGGAUAAAGCAUCAAUCUGGGCAGCUCCAUCGCUAUCAAUACCGUCAGGACCAUUGUGGCCAGUUGACACGUGUGAAUUGCCCCUGAUUUUUCCUUUCAAUGAUUCAUCAUCAUCGACAACACCCUAUCAAGAAUCCAUAAUCAAUGAUUCACCGAGUAUACCCUGGGACAUUGAUUUUUCAGUUGGCAAAUUUACUGAUGAAAAUUCGAAAGAAAAACUUGAUUAUUAUUUAGACUGGUCGGAUACCGUUGGCGAUGGGCCCUGGUGCUGGAGACGGAACCGAGCAUUGGACAUCAGUCCCAACAAGGACAAUUGUUUUUUCACAUUUCCAUCUUGCAAAACCCCAACAGCAAUUGCCAGUGAAUCAUGUUCACAUCCUGAGGUAAAUGGCCUUCAGAAUGUUGUUGUUGUUGUUAAUAAUGAUGAUGAUGGUGACGUUGAUGAUGAUGAUAUUGACGACGAUGAUGAUGACGAGGACGAUGAGGAUGAGGGUGACGAUGGUAAUGAUGGGGACGGUGACGAGGAUUUAUUAACAUCGGCACGUACACACUUCUGUCCAAUCAAGGACGAUGGCAACUGGAUCGACGGUACAACAUUUCCAGUUAAUAAUAAUCUCGAGAGAGUUGCGUACAGACGCUCGGAGUCCCGCAAUUUGUUGUAUCUUCCUGGUGGUGAAAGCCCGUAUAUGGAAUACAGGAAUGAAGCUGCUGUGCCACAGGUGCCGGGUUUUACCCUGAAAUUUCGGGUACGACAGUGUGACAAAUCUAUACAGACGGACCCAGUCAGAUCGCCGAUUAAGCGGAGAAUUUUGGCUGAGGAAGAUCAUUUUUAUUAUUCUUCUGUCGAUACUGAAGAUGUUCUUACUCAGGAGACCGAUGGAGUUGAGAAGGACACUUUCGUAUUGGGGCAAAUUGGGUGGACACAGCCGAGUGUUUCGUUACUUAACGACCGAAAAAGGAGGCACAGCAGCAGCUUUAAAUGUCGGCCACUGGCAGCUUUGCGCCCGUUGACACUGUAAACCGGUUGGCAAAAGCUUCUCAAUAACCUGAAGCCCAUCGCUCCAUCGUUCCUUCGACAUACCAUUCAUCUAUUAUUUCGUGUGAAACAGUAGUUUCAACCGCGUAGUGCGAUAGAACAUUUUUUUUUAAUUAAAAAUUAAAAAAAAAAGAGGAACAUAGAUAUAAUGUCGAGAGCAAACCAGACAGGGGGGUCUCUCUUGGCAUGUGGAAUUUGUUAUGCAUGGCCCAAGGAGGUACAGCUAGCCCCCUUGCUGUAAGUAAGAACCAAAUUAUAUUUAAACAAAAAUGAUUUAAAAAAAAAACAAAAAAAGAUGAACCCGAGAAAAAUAAGAAAUUGCGAGAUAUCGUGCGAUCAACGGUGGUUGCAAAUGAGAGUUCAAUUUGAGAGAAUAAUUGAAAAUUAUUAGGAGUCAUCUGAGUACUAGAGGAAAAAUGGAGACGAGGAAGAUAAAUAAAUAAAUGAUAUACCUCGUGCCUCAUUUUACCGUUGAGGUUGAAUGAAAAAAAAAAAAAAUAACGUAUAGUCAAACUGGAAAUUUUUUACCCUUCUGAACCGAGCUACAGGCGUCGGGUUUCUGUGGGUUUCCAUUUGUACAAUUAUUGAUUUCACCUCGUAAAUAAUGGAAACCCCAUUUUUUCCAAACGAACGGGAAAAUUGAGUUCGACUAUACAUGUGUUUUUUCCCUUAUUUUUUUUCGGUUGUAUGUUUGUAAUUAGUUUACGAUUUCCACGUAUAUUAUAUUUUAAAGAUGAAUUUUUUUGUGAAUAAAAAAAAAAACACUUAGCGAGAGAAACGAAAAAAAUGGGGAAAAAAUUAUUUACACUCAUCAAAUCGCUUUCGUAUUUUUUUAUUUUAUCUUUUUGUUUAUUUCUUCUCUCACAUCCUCGUUGUUCGAGAAAUACUGUGAAUGAAAAUUAUGUGGAAUGGUUUGAGAAAUAUAUAACACGCGUUAGAGAGCGGCGAUGGGAAGAGAGAGAAAAAAUAGAAAGAUAAAAGAAAGAAGAGAAAUGCGUUCUAGCGUGAUCAGUGAAGUUGAUACGCAUUCGGGAAAAAAUAAUAAUAGAGCAUUGAAAUGUGCUAUAUUUUCAUUUUUCCCGUAAUUAUUAAUGACUUUAUCUAUCAUAUUUCCUAAUUAUAAUUUAACUCCCUAGAAAAAGAAACGAUGCAAACUAAUCAAUAUUUACCUUUUGUCCUCCUUCACAGGAAAAAAAAAACUUCAAUCUAAAAUUAAAAAGCGAUAAAAAAAAAUUUUAAAACGGAUGAAAAACAAAAAAACAUUUGUCUCCUUCAGCCCCCCCCCCUGACCCCCCAAUUUACCUUCAUCCACAGGAAUCCUCUAACAGAAAAGAAAACGAUGAAAAAAGUAACAAAGACGUACAUGUAUAAAACAAAUACAAAAUUGUAUUUCGUAAAAGUACGAAUUCUCGUUGCUGAAACACUUACUGCAUAAGGUUGAGUACGAACAAAGAGUGGAGAGAUAUAUACGAAAAUAUGAGAGAGUGGGAAGAGAGUGAGAUAAUGAGAAAUUAAUAAAAUGUCAAAGAGAGGGUAGUCAGACCUCUUGAGGUGCUUCCACUGAAAUCCAGGGGCACAAUCUCACUGUGGAAGUACCUUAAAUGAGUGAAAACAACAGUUUGACGAGUAAAUACUUUGUGGUAAAUCUCCUGCAUAUAUUGAGGGCAAAAAAAUAUUUUUUCCAAAUAUUUGUUUAUUUCAGAAGAGUAUUUAAUUUUCGAAAUUUUAUUCCUCUAGUCCAGUCGUCAUUAGGAAAUGUGCAUUGUUUAUGUUAUGCUGAUAAUAUUGUUUUAGAAGAUGAUUGUGUUGAUUGUAACCUUGAGUGAGGUUUUUAAUAAUUAUUAGCAUUAAAAAAAAAUAUGAAAAUUGUUUCCUCAAGAAAAUCAUAAAUUUGGAGAAUAAGAAUAAUCAGGAGAGAAGUUCAUGCGAGGUCUUGUGGAACGUAGUCAUCAUCAAGAGCAAUAAGAUUCUCGUAAUUAAAAGUUAAUUAGGCCCUCGUGGGAGUGCAUUGAUAGGAAAAUUUUAAUAUUUAAUUUUUUUUAAUGAAUAUGUUUCUGAAGUCGACGGGUAUUUGGAGAAAAUAUUUUUUCCCGGGGGGAGAUCACGACAAGCAUCAAGUCAUCAAGAAGUCCAUUGUGGAAUUGCAAAGAGAAGAGUUUGUGCAGCAUAAGGAAGUUCUGAAGGAAAUUAUUUGGUUGAGAGGACUUAAUAAAAGAAAAAUAAAAGAUGUAUGCAGAGUGGGAAGUGGUGAAAAAUAAAUGCAAUGUGCAGGAAGUAA